AGAGAAGAAGACAAUAGAGAUGGAAUCCAAGGGCUUGGUGUUGUUGAUUACAGGGGGAAUAUGGUGGUGGUGGUUGAUGAGAGUAGCAGUUUCAGACCCACAAACAAACCUACUAAACGAGGGAUGCAGCACAUACAACGCCUCCAGCGUUUCAAACUUCUACAGCAAUCUCAACGCCACCUUGUCGGACCUCAAAACACAGUUGAACGACAACAACCACUUUGCGACUGCGGAGAGAACCAGGACUGGAGACUCUGUGUACGCCAUGGUGCAGUGCAGAAACUACAUGUCCACUAAGGACUGUGUGGCUUGCUUCACUGCUGCUCAGUCACUCAUCCGCAACUGCUCUGCUGCCAAUGGCGCUCGCGUCAUCUAUGAUGGCUGCUUCCUCAGAUAUGAGAGCAGCAGCUUCUAUGACCAAGCCACUCUCCCCGGAAAUGCUGCAAUUUGUGGGAACCAGACUGCAUCACAGGUGACUGCUUUUCAAGCAGCGGUAGAGGGACUAUUAGCAGAUCUUGAAGUUGCAACACCCAGAACUGAUGAUUUCUAUGUGGCAUAUAAAAAGGAAGUAGUUGGAGGUGGUGGUGCAACAGUGUAUGGGAUGGCCCAAUGUGCUGAAACAGUGAGUCCGAGCGCUUGCCAAGAGUGCUUGAAAGUGGCAAAUGGCAACAUAAACAGUUGUCUUCCCAGUACAUAUGGUAGGGCUGUUGAUGCAGGAUGUUUUCUGAGAUAUUCAAACACGCCUUUCUUUGCCGAUAACCAGACCACUAAUAUCACACCCUUCCUAGAAAAGGGAGGGUCAAGCAAGAAGAAAGCCAUUAUUGGAGGAGUGGCUGGAGGUGUAGGCCUUCUUCUUCUUAUCAGUGUUCUGUUUUUAUGGUAUCAGCAAUCAAGAAAGGCAAAGGCAGCUCCUAGAGGUGAUAUAUUAGGGGCAACCGAGUUGCGAGGCCCAGUUAAUUACAGUUAUAGAGACUUGAAAGCUGCAACAAAAAAUUUUAGUGAAGAAAAUAAGCUUGGAGAGGGUGGUUUUGGUGAUGUCUACAAGGUAAAAUUCAAUACAUAUUUAUGUGACUGGAUUGAUGUUUAUUGUUUUGGGCAAGUAUUCAUAGGUUACUUGGAACAGGGCACUUUGAAAAAUGGGAAAAUGGUUGCAGUUAAGAGACUAUUUAUAGGUCAACCCAACAGGGCAAAAGCAGAUUUCGAGAGCGAAGUCAAGCUUAUAAGCAAUAUUCAUCAUCGCAAUCUCAUUCGCCUUCUUGGAUGCUGCGGCAAAAGAUCAGAACUACUUCUUGUCUAUGAGUACAUGGCCAAUAGCAGUCUUGACAAAUUCCUAUUUGGUGAAAGGCGAGGAGCUCUCAACUGGAAACAACGACUUGAUAUAAUUGCUGGUACAGCUAGGGGUCUUGCCUAUCUACAUGAGGAAUUCCAUGUGUGUAUCAUACAUCGUGACAUAAAAUCCAGCAAUAUUCUUCUGGACAAUGAUUUCCAACCCAAAAUUGCAGAUUUUGGGCUGGCAAGGCUUCUCCCCGAGGACAAGAGUCAUCUCAGCACCAAAUUCGCUGGAACAUUGGGUUACACUUCACCUGAAUAUGCAAUCCAUGGGCAGUUAUCUGAGAAGGUUGAUACCUACAGCUAUGGUAUUGUCGUCCUUGAAAUCAUAAGUGGCCGCAAGUGCAAUGAAAUGAAGGCUGAACCUGUCGGUGAAUACUUGCUUGAACGGGCAUGGAAACUUUACGAGGAUGACAAGCAUUUGGAGUUGGUGGAUGAGAGCUUAGACCCUGAGGAAUAUAAAGCAGAAGAAGUGAAGAAAAUCAUAGAGAUCGCUUUGAUGUGCGCUCAGUCAUCAGUUUCUAUGAGACCCACAAUGUCUGAAGUAGUUGUUUUGCUACGCAGCAAAGGCUCACUUGAGCAUGGACCCCCAACUCGGCCUACUUUCGUAGAAUCCAGCAAGAGAAAUCCUGGAGACACUUCCAUAUCUACGGGGUCCUCUGCUUCCAAUGCCACAGCCUCUAUUUCUCAUUUCUCGGGUCGAUAAAUCACCAAGUGUGAGGUUGGUCAUCAUUCUUGCAAGUGAUCCGCAUACAAAUGGAGCCAUUAGAAUUGGUCAAAACAAUGCACCACAUCGCAUUAAGAUCCUAAUGCAGUAUUCUUGUAAUGGUGUUUACCAAACUGUUUUCUUGUAUUUAUUCUAGUAUGGGAAGUGACCUUGUGUGAGAUUUGCCAUA